AUCAUACAUAGGGAUAUGCAUGUGGUCAACAAUGAACAAUCUGCAGGAAAAUAGUGCAGCUUCUCCUGCCUCUCCUUCUGUGAAAGACCUUGAGAAGAUUUUGUAUGGAGGUAAAAGGUUUGGUAAUCAUGUUGAUGAAGUUUGGCCUAACCUGUUCAUUGGAGAUAUGUCAGUGGCUAAUGAUCGCUACAGUCUGUGGAAGCUGGGAAUCACCCAUGUUGUAAAUGCAGCUCAUGGGAAGACGCACUGUCAGGGGAGUCACUACUUCUAUGGAUCCACCGUGGAUUAUUAUGGAGUGCCUGCAGAUGACUCACCGUCUUUUGACCUCUCUCGAUAUUUCUUUCCCUCUGCUGAGUAUAUUCAUAACGCACUUGACACGACAAGUGGUCGAGUUCUCGUCCACUGUGCUGUUGGCGUGAGCAGGUCUGCCUCCAUCGUCCUGGCCUACCUAAUGAUCCACCACAAUUACACGCUCCUAGAUGCAAUCAAUAAGGUCAAAGAGCGCAGGUGGAUCUUCCCAAACAGAGGAUUCCUUAAACAGCUUCGUGCUUUGGAUAUGAAACUGCAAAAGACUUCAUGACCGCUUCAAAAAAUAAAGAUCUUCAAAUGCACAUAACCUCAAAACAGCUUUUUCUCCAGACAAAUGAGAGACUUGAUGACUGUGUCAGUUGAAGGAAAUGCUGUGCUUUGACUUUAAUCAGUUUGUUUCAGGAAUGGAAUCUAAUCAAAUGUAUUUCCCCCACAACUCUGGCGCUGUGUUUGAUGUGAAUUAUGCGGCAUCUCUAUAUAAUAUCGACCCGCGUCUUAAUAGGAGAUCAAUGUAAUGAACUCUCCUCUGGGCAGAAUCAAUUUAAGGGACUGAAUAUGAGAUAUUGUUUUUAUUUAACCUUAGUGUUGUGUUGAAGAAGCUUUUAUCC